AUGCGUCCAGCACCUUCCUCCGCAGGCGCUGCGCUGCGCAGCUGGACCCAGCAUGCCCUUCCUACCUCUCAAAGCUCCAGCGCUGCAGCUCGUCUAGCCACCUCCUCCGUAGCUUCCCAGACCACCGUUGUCCAGCAACGCCGGCAUCAAUCAAGCCCCUCCCAGGCCGCCUCGACCUCCAGCUUCGACUCGCCCUUCAGAUCCAACAAAGUUGACAGCAACAAGAUCCCCAGCUUCAAGGCCUACCGGGCGAAGUCCCCCGAAGUCUCCAACCGCGUCUUCCAGUACUUCAUGGUCGGCUCGAUGGGUUUGUUGACGGCCGCGGGCGCAAAGGCUACCGUUCAGGACUUCCUGGUCAACAUGUCUGCAUCCGCCGAUGUUCUGGCGCAGGCCAAGGUCGAAGUCGACCUUGCAGCCAUUCCAGAGGGCAAGAAUGUCAUCAUCAAAUGGCGAGGCAAGCCUGUCUUCAUCCGCCACCGCACCGACGACGAAAUCAAGUCUGCCGAGUCCGUCAAUGUUUCUUCUCUCCGUGAUCCCCAGGCCGACGGCGACCGUGUCAAGAAGCCCGAAUGGCUCAUCAUGAUCGGCGUCUGCACGCACUUGGGUUGUGUGCCCAUCGGCGAAGCCGGCGACUUCGGCGGCUGGUUCUGCCCCUGCCACGGUUCCCACUACGAUGUUUCCGGGCGUAUAAGGAAGGGUCCCGCACCAUUGAACCUCGAGAUCCCCGAAUACGACUUCCCCACCGACGAGAGCUUGGUCAUCGGAUAG